AACACUGAUGUGUUUCCUUGGCUACAAAUACAGAACUUGCAAAUCAAACGGUUCCUUUGGGUUAGUUUCUGGGUCUCAACUUAAGAAACGGAUUCUUCGAAAGAGAGAAAGAGAAAAAGAGGAAGCUGUCAUUUCUACUAUGCUUAAAUGUAUAAAAUGGAGGACGUGUACCUGGCUGUGCGGGACUCCCUAGGCAAGGAGUGUAAAAGUGAAGAAGGGCUCUCAAUAGAGAGGAGAAAUGAUAACAAAUGGGACAAGGGCAACCUAGUCAUUUAUCCCAAGGGGAAAAGAAGUAUGAACAUAAAAGAAGAAGACGACAGUGAAUGGGAGUCUGUCUAUUAUCCGUUAGAGAGUCCGAGCGUUAAGGUGGAGGAUUGUGAGUGGGAGGAUGUAGGCAUUAAAAAUGACAGCACAAAUAUACAGCAAUGUGAAACUUUAGACAGCAUCAAGAAAGAAGACCUCGGAUUAGAGUUUUCCUCUCGGUGUAUGUGCCCAGAUGAAGGGGUAACUGGGGUAGGCCCCCUUCCGAAGAGGCACUGCUCCCUAAAGGAUCAUUCUGUUCAUAUGAAGCCUGAACCAUUAGAGUCUGAUGCAAGCCAGCCUGAGAAAGCAUCUUGUCAAAGUCAGGGAGGAGAAGAUUUACAAGAGAACAACAGCAUCUCAUCAUUUUCAUUUGAUCUGAUCUCUCUUAAGAGCGGACCACUACAAAUACAGCUUGAUAAAAAUAUGAAGAAAUUGACAUCAGGAGCAGAGAUUUUGGUACCAUCCCCUCUACAGUAUACUCCUUACAUUGUACAUGAUUCCAGCAGCACUUACCAACAGGUGCAAAAUAAGAAUUCAGAGGCUUUGUUUCAUAGUCAAGGAUGGAAGAAAAGUUGUAAGCCCAAAGAUAAUCCGUGUAGGCAUGCAAAACAGAAGCAGUUUUGCUGUAUUGAAUGUGGCAAGCGAUUCUCCACAAGUUGCAAUCUUCGGACUCACACAAGAAUUCACACUGGAGAGAAGCCCUACAGCUGUUCCAUUUGUGGCAAACAUUUUUCACAAAUAAGUAAUGUUCAGAGACAUAAGAGAAUUCACACUGGAGAGAAGCCAUAUGCCUGUGCUGACUGUGGCAAGCGGUUCUCCCACAGUAGCAAUCUCCAAGACCACACAAGAAUUCACACAGGAGAGAAACCAUAUUGCUGUUCUGAAUGCGGCAAACAAUUUUUACGAAUAAGUCAUUUUCAAAGACAUACGAGAAUUCACACAGGAGAGAAGCCAUACAGUUGUUCUGACUGUGGCAAACAAUUCCCUGCUAGUAAUAGCCUUGAGAAACACAUAAGAAUUCACACUGGAGAGAAGCCUCAUUGCUGUUCUGACUGUGGCAAGCGAUUCUCCACUGGUAGCAGUCUUCAGAGACAUAUAAGAAUACACACUGGGGAGAAAAUUGACCCUCAAGAGAAACCAUUUUCCUGUUCUGACUGUGGCAAACGGUUCUCCACCAAUAGCAUUCUUAAGACUCACACAAGAAUUCACACAGGAGAAAGGCCAUAUUUCUGUUCGGAAUGUGGCAAACGAUUCUAUGACAGUAGCAGUCUUCAGAUCCACACAAGAACUCACACUGGGGUGAAGCCAUAUUGUUGUUUUGAAUGUGGGAAACGAUUCUCUACCAAUAGUCAUCUACACAUCCACAUACGAAUUCACACUGGGGAGAAGCCGUAUUGCUGCGCUGAAUGUGGCAAACGAUUCAUGCUAAUGAGCAGUCUUCAAAAACACACACGAAUUCAUACUGGGGAGAAGCCAUAUGGUUGUUCUGAAUGUGGCAAACGAUUCUCAGACAGUAGCAGUUUUCAUAGACACAGAAGAAUUCAUACUGGAGAGAAAAAGAAAAAGUGAAGACUAUGCAGAAAAGUAUCAUUAAUUAAUGCCUACAGGGUAGUACUUGCAUUCUGCAAACUCUUACAAGGUUUUGUUUCCUAUAUGACCAGAAAAAAAUCACCUGUCUGUCCUGAGCUCCAAAUUAUAAAGUGUGAGUGUGUAAUCAAUAAUCAAUAUGUGCUGAUCUUGUAAGUCACGUAAGUUAAAGGUGUCUCCCUUCACAUGGACUUGAGAUAUUGAAAAAUAAUUGUGAAAGGAACUGUGAGGUGAUUAAGAAGUGCAAUAGGAAGAACCCAAAUGCUCAAGAAAUAUGGCAGGAAAGAGCUGGGAUUCAAUAAUAACAGAAGCACACGUACAGCUCUUAAAAGGAUGAAGAGAUGUAACAACUUCACUUAUUUCUAUGGAAAAUUUUUACAAUGGACGCAGCUCAAAGUGCUCUACAAGAUGUCAAAGAAAGACGUAAAGUAACACAUUAAAGGGAGCAGGCACCACCAAUGGAGGAUGAGAAGCUGCAGAAAAGCAAGAGUCCCCAGGGAGACAAAUAUUCAGGCAAGAGAAGGCUUGAAACUUAGCAUUUCACUGGCCCAUUCUCUACAAUGAGCAGAGACCUAGUAUUUUUAAAUCAAAGGAUGUAAAUACGGUGAGUCAGCUUUAUUAUUGCACAUUAAAAAUAUCCCUAUAGUACACUAUGGAUGUAGAAAAAUACAAGUUUAGUUGAUUGGUACAGAAAA